AUGGCCGACAAACAAGUAAAGGUGGUAUAUGGGGGCGCCCUUCUCGGCGCUUCUAGUGACUUUUCCACCCCGGCGCAGGUGGAAGAAGUCCUCCGUGUCCUUGAGGAGAAUGGUGUGAAGGACAUCGAUACUGCCCAGAUAUAUAGAGGAAGUGAAGAGCUCUUAGGCCAAACAGGUGCCGCUUCCCGCUUUAUCGUCGAUACCAAGCACGCUGGUGGCUUCGUGCCUGGAACGUCUUCCAAAGAACUGGUGAUCGAAAGAGCCAACGAGAGCCUCCGGAAGCUGAACACGAACAGUGUCAACAUCUUUUACCUCCACGCGCCUGAUCGCAAAGUUCCUCUAGAAGAGACCCUUGCCGCUAUCAAUGAGCUCUACCAAGCACACAAGUUCCACUACUUUGGGCUGUCGAACUUCCGCGCUGACGAAGUCGAGGAGGUUAUCCGCAUCUGCAAGGAAAAGGGUUACGUCCUUCCUUCGGUCUACCAAGGGAAUUAUAAUGCCAUCUCGCGCCUGAUCGAGACCGAACUGUUCCCCGUCCUGCGCCGCCACAAUAUUCGGUUCUACGCAUAUAGCCCUAUUGCGGGCGGUUUCCUCACGAAGUCGAAGGAGGCACUUCUCAACGGCGGACAAGGUCGCUGGGAUUCCAGCACCCCUAUAGGUCAAUUGUACAAUAGGCUGUACAAUACCCCCAGCUUGUUGGAGGCGCUUGAUCUCUGGGAUCAACUGUCCAAGGACUCGGGAGUUUCGAAGGCUGAGUUGGCCUACCGCUGGGUCGCUUUCCACUCUCAAAUCCAAAGUGCGCUCGGCGAUGCUGUUGUGGUGGGUGCUAGUAGUGUGUCUCAACUGAAGAACACCCUGGCUAUUCUGCGGAAGGGUCCUCUUGAAGAGGGAGUUGUGAGACGAAUUGACGGUAUUUGGGAAACUAUCAAGGACGACGCGGUCCUGGAUAACUUCAAUGCUUCUAGUUAA